AUGGCAUCCUACAUUAUCGGCACGUUGUCGAAGAAGGUGUUGAAGGAGACUGCUGAAAAUCACUUUGGCAAGGAGGACCCUUACUUCGAAAGCGUGCCGGCUACGAACAUGUUUGGCCAACAGAAGAUUAAAAAGCGGCGCAAGGCUGCUCCAGAAGGCAUCUCGUCGCAUGAUGCAAAGAUUCUUACAAAGGUCAAAAGACGAGCAUACAGAUUGGACCUCUCCCUCUGUAACUUCUGCGGGAUACGCUUCGGAUGGGGGAGCGUUAUCGGUCUAGUUCCAGCUUUCGGAGAUGUUAUUGACACUCUCUUUGCCCUGAUGGUCGUCAUGACGUGCAGGCAGAUCGACGGUGGCCUCCCCACGAACAUCCAAAUCCAGAUGGUGUUCAACGUCCUUUUCGAUUUCAUUAUCGGCCUGGUUCCGUUUGUGGGCGAUCUCGUAGACGCUCUAUAUAAAUGCAACACGCGCAACGCAGUGCUGUUGGAGCGUUACCUGCGUGACAAGGGGAGGAAUAACCUCUCGCGUCUGGAAGAGGGGAAUGAGACGAUCAUUACAUCCGGUGGUCGUCGGCCGUCAACGCGUCGCCAUAACACUGAACCCCCAAUGCGUCAUGACGAGCCCACCAGACCGUCUCCGGCACGAUUGCCUAAGGAGACCAGGCGGUCAAACACAUCAAGGCCCCAUCGGUAG